CAUGCACUCGGUUCGGACCAGGCUUCGUUGGAAGUUGCAGCAUUAAUCAUAAUCAUCUACGGCACUUUUUGCCAUGCCCUACGCGGGCAUCACGCAGCGAAGGCAGAGGGAGGGAGAAUGUUAGCUUCGCUGGCCGAUGCCUUUUCAGUUCCGGCUGGCUACUUACUCUCUGCCGUUUAGUCACUUUGAGCUUCUUUCAUGGGUUACGGCGCUGGUUUCGCGUGGAAUGGUCCGGUGUGGGAUAUGUCGGGGUCUGUUUUGUUAUUCGCUGUUCUUUUGCUCGGGCCUGCUAGCAAUCGUUGUCCUUCCGUGUUUGGUAUUAGUCCUCCGGAUUGCACGGGGUGUGCUCUGUCACCUGUUGUGUCAUGGUAGGAACACGUCUCACGGCGCUUCCAUGUGUAGUUCGCUCAGGACAGAAGUCAUACUUUUGAUCUUGGGCGCUAAUUAAUGAAUCUAUAUGACCGUGGACUUGCUUGUGAUUGCCAGUUGCCAAUUGCCGAUGGUCAUUGCCGCUACUGCUGCUUGCUGCUCUAGCUAUGAUGACCUCUCUCUUAGUUAGCCCA